AUGGACUUUCUCACAAAGAUAGUUGCUAAGAAUCAAAUCUCUACCAUCAAUGCUGAGGAACCAGUAGUAUGUGAUAUUUGUGCGGAAGGACAUUUGGCAGCGAAUUGCCCGUUGGCUCAACCUUCAGAAGUCAACUAUAUGGGAAACCCACAAAGGAACAACUACCAAGGUAACAACAACACGGGUUGGAGGAAUAACUCAAACCUCCUCUCCUACAAACCUCAACAGCCACAACAGUCACAGAUAACUGUACAACCUUGUACAUCUUCAGCUUUGGAGAAACUGGUAGAGACCAUGGCUUCAACCACCAAUGCUUUCAUUCAAGAGACAAGAUCAAACUUCAAAACUCAAGAAGCAUCGAUCAAGAAUCAAGAGGCUUCAAACCGAAAUCUUGAAACUCAGAUUGGACAGUUGGCCAAGCAAUUGAAUGAAAGAGCUCCAGGGGAAAUGCCUAGUGACACUGUGAUUAAUCCAAGAGAGCAUUGUAAUGCUAUCCUUACUCAGAGUGGGAAGGUGAUUGAACCUCAAGAAAAGCCAGCAAAGGUAGGAAAGGAAGCACCAAAGGAGGAGGAAACAAAUGAGAAUAGUACUAAGCAAGAAAAGGCUCCUAAUUAUGAUGAUGUAACCUACUUUGGAGGAGAAUUCAAUCGUGAUAAGAAAACUACAAAGAACCUUCCAUCAGGGUUCAGUCAACCAAAUCCUUAUGCAAAGACUCCAUACCCUCUUCGGCAAAAGAGAGAUAAAGAGAAGCAGCAAUACUCGAAGUUUAUGGAGAUGUUUAAAAAGCUUCAAAUUAACAUUCCAUUCUCCGAAGCUUUGGAAAACAUGCCUCUUUAUGCAAAAUUCAUGAAAGGUCUCUUAUCAAACAGGCAUAAGCUCAGAGAGAUGGAAACAAUAGCUUUAACUGAAGAGAGUAGUGUUGUGAUCAAAAAGGGAUUAUCGUCUAAAGUCAAAGAUCCGGAGUGGUUUAGUAUCUCUUGUACGAUCGAGAAUGUUAAAGUAGGGAGAGUUCUAUGUGAUUUGGGAGCCAGUGUCAACUUGAUGCCCCUCUCUUUUGCACAAUCUUUGGGGAUUACAGAGCUGAAUCUACCUUGA